AUGGGCGGCAAUGCCAGUAAAGUCACCGCCCAGGACAAGGCCAUCCUCGACUUGAAGCUCCAACGCGACAAGCUCCACCAGUACCAGCGCCGGAUCACCGUCCUCACCGAUAAGGAGACCGCUGUCGCAAAGCAGAUGCUCGCAAAGGGCGACAAGCCCCGCGCACUUCUCGCUCUCCGCCGGAAAAAAUAUCAAGAAUCGUUGCUACAAAAAACCGAUGCGCAGCUCGAGCAGCUCGAAAAGCUCACCUCCUCGGUCGAGUUUGCCAUGAUCCAGAAGGAUGUCGUGUUCGGCCUGCAGCAGGGUACCAAGGUCUUGAAGGAGAUACACGCCGAGAUGGGCGGAAUCGAGCACGUUGAGAAGCUUAUGGGCGAGACGGCUGAUGCAAUCGCUUACCAAAAGGAAGUUAGUGAUAUGCUUGGUGGCCGCAUUUCGAAUCAGGAUGAGGAGGAAGUCGAGGAUGAGCUGGCAGCUCUCGAGGCCAGCGUCGCCGCGGAGGAAGCGAUCCGCAACCCGCCGAAGCAACACAAGCUGCCCACUGUGCCAGACACGGAACCGGUGUUGCCCGAAGAGCCAGAAGCCCAGCAGCCUGUUAGGACGAGACAGGCGAUGCUGGCAUCAUGA